AUACGAAUCCUAUCGAUUUUUAGAGCCGCAGCCGCCGCACACCAAAUCCGAGGGUCGCAAGCGGUGGGUGCGCGCAAGUUAUUGUAUUGCAAUUUCUAAUAUAUUAUUGUGUAGAUCUCUUAAAUUAUUUCAAUGACUAUCAACACAUUAAGAUAAUGCUAGAGAAGAUGAAGAAAUAAAUAAAAAAUGACGUCGACGGACACGUAUCAGCUAAAAUGGCACUCGCACAGUUCCCAUUUGAAUGGGUCUGUAGCGGCGCUGCUACGUUCGGACCGCUUUACCGACGUGGUUCUGUGUACUAUGGACGGGUCACAGAUACCGGCGCAUAAGUUCAUACUGAGCUCGUGCAGCAUCUACCUGAGCAGUCUCUUCGAGGGCCAGAGAUCGGUCAUGAGAAUGGGCGGGAUGCUGUAUGUGGUACUACCCUCCGAAAUAUCGACCAAGGCCUUGAAAAUUCUUAUAGAAUACAUGUACAAAGGCGAGACAACAGUUUCGAACGAGGUAUUAGACAUCGUUUUGAAGGCUGGGGAGGUGUUGAAAAUUAGGGGUCUCUGGAGGCAAACAGAUGAAGCCGGCGGUGACUCUACACCAGCGGAAAAAACCUCAAAUACCACAGCCAAUGUCACACCAGCUGCAAACUUAAAUAAACAAGUAGCGAAGAAGCCUGAGGAACCUAACCCUAAGCUAACUGUUAAGAAGGAUGAUAAGCUCCUAAAAUCUUUCAGCCCCAGCCCCACUCAAGGAGGAGUUACAAGACCCAUGUUUAUUGGACCACCAAAGCUGGUUUUCAUUAAAACAACUGAAGGUGGCAACCAAGCUGCUCUGCGUCCGGGAGCUCCAAAGGGACAAACUAUACUAGUCAGGCCGGCACCGUCCAGCGACAGUAUGGCCACAGCUGUCAGUACUGUUAGCACAACGUCUACUUGUUCAGUGGCAAGCACAGAUGGAGAUGAUUCCCCAGACGAGGCUCCCACUCCUCGUAUACUAAGGAAACACACUGAAAGGAAGUAUGGCAAGAAACCAAAGAUAAGUGAGUCAAUGGAGACAGAUGAAAGCAAAGACAAUGAAGAACAAGAGGAUACUGUUAGUUCAAAAAAAUCUACCCAAAGCACCGAUUCAAUACAGAACACAGAGGUCCAGAUCAAAGAUGAGCCAGAAUGGGACGCGAGUAGCAUAGAGGAGGAGGAACGAUCCAUAGCCGAGAUGUUUCAAGCUGAGAUGAGUGUUAAAUCCGAACCUGUUGAUGAUGUGGAAAUUGAAGAAGAGAGCUUGCUGUACAGCCCACUAGCGUGCGAACUCUGCGCCGCGGUGUUUACGCUGCCCGCCGCAUGGGUGCGCCACGUGCAAGGCCACGCCCACUCCGACACUGAACAGCCGCGCAAACGCCGAUAUCGAUCAGGGAGUGACGACACAGAAGAAUCGAUGGCACUUCUACGCUGCGACCUCUGUCAGAAACACUUCCCAAACCCAGCCGAGUGGGUGCGACACAUACAGAGCACGCACACUGAAACAGAAUUGGCCAUAUCAAACAACAGUGCCCCACCAAAACGUCACAAUCGUUUCACAGAGGGCGUGCAAAACAAGACUUGCUCGCACUGCAAGAAAAACUUCCCGUCGCAUGCCUCUAUGUUGAUACACAUGAGGACACAUACAGGCGAGCGUCCGUUCGUGUGCGGCAUGUGCAACAAGGGAUUCAACGUGAAGUCGAACCUGCUGCGCCACCUGCGGACGUUGCACGACACGCUCGACGACCCCGGACCGUCCGACGUCAAGCGCGAGACCUGAGGGAGAGGAGGGGGGGCAGGUAGAGGUAGAGGUCGCGGGCGCGGCGGCGGCGGCGGCGGCGCGACGUCGGCAGCGGCCCUAGCGGCGCGCAAGCAGAACUACUCGCUGUUCCUCAAGCAGCGGGCGGUGCUGUUCUCCGCCAAGAAGUGGAAGUAGUAACUCGUCCAUCGGCACAUUACUUGAUAAAUGAUAAGUGUUAUGAAUUAUGAUUCAUAUGUAUAGCUUGUCGAAAAAAGAGUAGACGCCGAACACAA